GUGUCUCGCUCACUAGGCUGUGAGUCCUUGGGGUGCAAGGAUGAUGUCAUUUUUCUUGUUGACUCACCAGUGUCUUGCACAGCGCCUGGCAUAGAGCAAGCGCUCAUAAACAUUGGCUAAUGCUAAGAACAAGUCAGCGGCACCAAACAGAUGACGUCAGUCGCCAAGGUGUAUUACAGUCAGACCACCCAGACGGAGAGCCGGCCCCUCGUGGGCCCGGUGGUCCGCCGCCGCCGAGUGCUGACCAAGGACGGCCGCAGCAACGUGCGAAUGGAGCACAUCGCUGACAAGCGCUUCCUCUACCUCAAGGACCUGUGGACCACCUUCAUCGACAUGCAGUGGCGUUAUAAGCUACUGCUCUUCUCGGCAACCUUUGCAGGCACCUGGUUCCUCUUUGGUGUGGUGUGGUAUCUGGUCGCGGUGGCCCACGGGGACCUGCUGGAGCUGGGCCCCCCCGCCAACCACACCCCCUGUGUGGUCCAGGUGCACACGCUCACCGGGGCCUUCCUCUUCUCCCUCGAAUCCCAGACCACCAUUGGCUAUGGCUUCCGCUACAUCAGUGAGGAGUGCCCACUGGCCAUCGUGCUCCUGAUCGCCCAGCUGGUGCUCACCACCAUCCUGGAGAUCUUCAUCACGGGCACCUUCCUGGCCAAGAUCGCCCGGCCCAAGAAGCGGGCGGAGACCAUCCGCUUCAGCCAGCACGCGGUCGUUGCUGCGCACGACGGGAAGCCCUGCCUCAUGAUCCGAGUUGCCAACAUGCGUAAGAGCCUCCUCAUUGGCUGCCAGGUGACAGGCAAACUGCUUCAGACCCACCAGACCAAAGAGGGCGAGAACAUCCGGCUCAACCAGGUCAAUGUGACUUUCCAAGUCGACACGGCUUCUGACAGCCCCUUCCUCAUUCUACCCCUCACGUUCUACCAUGUGGUGGAUGAGACCAGUCCCCUGAAAGACCUCCCCCUCCGCAGUGGCGAGGGUGACUUUGAGCUGGUGCUGAUCCUCAGCGGGACGGUGGAAUCCACCAGUGCCACCUGCCAGGUGCGCACGUCCUACCUGCCGGAGGAGAUCCUCUGGGGCUAUGAGUUCACACCUGCCAUCUCGCUGUCAGCCAGUGGCAAAUACAUAGCUGACUUCAGCCUUUUUGACCAAGUUGUGAAAGUGGCCCUUCCUAGUGGCCUCCGCGACAGCACUGUUCGCUACGGAGACCCCGAGAAGCUCAAGUUGGAGGAGUCCUUACGGGAGCAAGCUGAGAAGGAGGGCGCUGCCCUUAGCGUGCGCAUCAGCAACGUCUGAUGGCCUGGUGUCCCACCUCCCCAUCCCUCUGGUCUCUCCUCUUUGGCAUCCUGGGUGAGGGCUGUUACCCAGGCUUACUGGGGAGUCCCAGAAGCACCCAUCAUCCACUCCCUCUGCUUCAACCUGGUGGCCUGUGGCUAGGCGAGGCCAACUGGAGUCCGAGCUUUCCUUCCAUUGUCCCCUUCACCUCACCCCACUUCCACCUGAUGCACAACUCCCUUACGCCAGGAUGGGGGAAGGAGAGGGAAGAUUAGGCUGAAGUGACUUAGAACGCCUCAGCCAUGCUUGGAGACUCACAUUAGGAGGACCACUGCAGUUGGUUGGAUAGACUCCCCCCACCUCCCGCCACAACCACCACCACCAAGUUCGGUGACUUGAGGCUGGGGCCCCCACCCGCCUCUAAUUUCCCACACAGCUAGUUCCCUAAGGCAAGACUCUGACAGUCCUUUCGGGGUCUGUGCCCUUAGAAAUAUGGGAAUCUGGAAUUCAUUUAUCCUGGGUUCUCUACCAACCCCCGUUGAAAGAAGUCCGAGUUUUUCAUAGCGUGGUUCAUUUCUGCGGGCAAAUUCGGACUAUAACCUAGAAUCCUGGUCACCAGUUUUCCUCUUUCUAUUUUCUCAAGUGGACCCUCUCUUCAGAUACCCAGUUCUCUCAUCGCUGCCUCUGCUCCCAGAGAAUUGAGGCUGACCCAGGAAAUCUGAAACAGUCACAACCACCACACCUGCACCCAUUCUGGAAUCCGAACUCCUCAGCGUGGAGUGACUAAUGCAGAGCUUUUGUCCAAAACCUGACCCUAUUCUGCACACAGCCCUGGGAGGAUUUGUUUCCUGGUGACCUGUGGAUGGGAUGAGCCUUGCCAGUAUGUUCCCAGGCCCCACAGAAAGGUCUGGAAAUGAUGUUCCAGAUACUUACAGGGCCCAGAAUCCCUAGGAAAGUGAUAUCAACCCUACCAUGCAGGAUGAGCAAAUCCUCAGAUUUCCAGACUGCCGUGUGGAGCCUCUGGGAAUUGGGGGUGCUUUAUUAGGGUUUGGGCCAGGGCAGAACUCUGUGGCCGGCAGACACAGGCUGUCACCCCUACCUGUGCCCCUCUGACAGUGCAGGCUAUUUCAUUAGUCAGUGCUGGGAGGGAAGGGGACCACGCCUCCUGGCCAAAUAACCUGGGUCUCCCUUAGCCAUUCCUGACACUUGGGAUAAAGUGGGUGCCAGACCCAUCUCCACUCUCCUCUGCCAUGAAGCCACCUUCAGGUGCGUUAAAGGGCACACUUUGGGAGAUCAACUUCAGGCUGUUCCUUGUUCCCUGGUGGGGGCUGUGGGAGGGGCCAAGAAAGGCAUACGGGCACCAGAACUUUCUCUAAAGCCCCAAAUCCCAAGAGUGCCUCCUGGUCUCAUUUAGGUACCAAGGAACUGUCCCCCCGCCCCCACAGUGGCUCGGUGUAGAGUCCGUGCAUGAAUCAAGUGGCGGGUUGUUCAGGUGGACUCGGUCGCUUGUUACAAGCUACACACUUAACCCAGAAUGUGUACGUGCGUCUGCGUGUGGAGCUUUACAGAGAAACUCUCACGGUUCUGAGGAUGGACCCAUGGUCACCACAAGAUCCACAUAAGAUCCUCUUAUGUGCCUCUUUCCUUGAACUUGGCUAACUACGACUUCAAAAGGAAGACCCUUCAUUCUUCACUGACUGCAAACCCCACCAACACUCCCCAGCUCUCAAGAAAACAAGAACCAGAAAAACUUGAAAAUCCGACACAGAACAGAAGCCAGUUUCUGGGCUCUCAACUUUAUUCAACAUGAGACUUACCUGAUUUUUUCCCAUGUGUAAAGGCCCAAAGUACUGGAGUGAGAGUGUGUGCGUGCGCGUGCGUACCUUCUUAUCCAUUAGCAAGCCAUCCUCCACUAGCUUCUUCUGCGCACAGCUGCGUCCCUCCCGAGGGAAAUCCUUUCUCCCUAGUCCCCUGCUGUCAACUCUAGGCCCCCAGACUCUGCUCAGAUUCUCGCAUAACAGAAUGAGGACAUUUUCCGACUUAACCUUUUUGAUUCUCCUCCAUGACCCCAGACUUUGCUCUAAGCUGCACUUUAAGUCAUUCUGUCCUUUUAAUACAGCCUGGCUGACCCUCCCUUAAUCCUCCCCAGAGAACAGCGGCAACCCCCCCCCCUCCCCCGCAACCGGCUCUUUACACUAUGGCCUCUUCCUCAGAGCUGAAAUCCUUCUUCGGGCUUUCGGACAAGCUUGAAAAUCAGCCAGGUCUGGUGAGAAAUGGGCCCUGCAGACUUGGACUGUCAGGAGGGCACUAGGCACUGAUGUUAACGGGGAGAUGCCAGACGGGCAAAACAACCGAUGGGGGAGGGUACUCAGGGUGUGACGAUGACAAAGGGUGCUGCUGAGGGACCCAGUGAAAUCGAUGAAACCCGAGUCUCCCUUGGACCAGUGGAUGAGACGUAGGUGGAGGCUCGGGAAGUAGGACAUGGUACAUAUGGAAGGUUGACCUAAGGAGAAAGAGACAGAUAAUAUAUAUGUAGAGAGAUGUAUAUAGAUGUAUAUAGGACCAAAUAUACUGAAUGUACAGAAAGGAGAUGUUAGCGUGGGGGCAGGUAUCUUGCUCUGGUUUUGGGGCAGGACUCCCCGGAUUUCCAGACUUUUGACCAGUGAUCCUGGUUUCAAGGUGGAAGCGAGAUAGCUGAGGAGGCUUUCGGGUUUGAUGACAGGAGAGGGAGGCGUGGAAGCUGCUCUUCCUAAGGGAGGAGACGCCCACUGAGGCUUCCGUUAAUGCGGGCUGAGGCCCAGGAGGAGGGAGACAGGAGGAACGCAGGGGGCGGCCGCUGGGGCCACGGGCAUCUAGAACCCACUUCCACUGCGUGUUCCACCCCCGCGGUGUCCUGUCACUGUGGCACUUUUUUUUUGUUUUGUUUUUAAAAUAAAAGCACCUUCUGUGUCCUU